GCAGGAGCGUUCUAGAACCUCCUGACGUCAUAGGAGGGAUGCUCCAAUCAGCCACUCCCUGACAUACUAAUGGUGACGUCACGUGACCAUGCUAUUAACACCGCCCUAACAUGCAUCAAAAAAGCUGCUUGUUGCUUAAGUAUUAUGUGUCUUUACUUGGCUUUUUUGUAGCCUAGUCAUAUUUAGUACAUAAUGUAGUUGAGCACUGGACUAUAUUUAUUUAAGAUACAGAUAUGCUGAAAAUUCCUGUUUGAGUGCGCCCCCCCCCCCCCCUCCCAUUUGAUGCAUUUUUCAAACAAGACAGCAUCAAAACUCUAUUUUGCUAUCCUUUUAAAAAAACGUUUCCUACUUUUCUAGUUCUCUAUACUUCUCCGGUUCACUUGCAUGCACUCAUUUCCACCUUCCUUCCUCUCUUUCCUCCUCCUCUUUCCUGCCGCCCAAACCUGCAGCCCUCACACCCAUCCACACACUGCCCCCCAGCAGACUCCUAAACCACCCACUCCGCUGCUAGAGCGCCCCCCUCUGGUGUUCUCCAGAGUGGACCCGUCCUCGGGCCCCAGGCUGGUCAGAGGAGAGCGGAGGGCUCUGCUGGGACGCCAUGACCCCCUGGAGGCCCCCGAGCCCUGGGAGGUGGGAGACGCCGUCCUCCCCGACCUGGAGAACGACGACAUGUUUGCCAGGAGGACCCAGGCCUUCCACUCCAACUCCGAUCUCGCUCUGAUGAAAACGAGUGGGUGUAAGAGCCAAUCCUGUUCCCCCGAGCCGGAGGUCAACAUCGUUACCCAGCCUUCUCGCCCUGGCGACAGCAGGAGACCCCGUUUGCCUGACAUCCAGAGAGAUGAUGUUUUGUACCGCAAGGUCAACCCCCAGCAGGCACAGCGCCCCCUAUCUGGAGACCCUGAGCGCUACACGCCUCUCCACAUCCCAGAGCCCUGGGCCCUGCCCCCCUCCUUGCAGGCUCGACUGAUGUGCCCCCCUUGCCCUUUGAACCAGGAAGUACCAUCAGAAGAUCAAAACGAGAGGAAGGAGAGACCGAAAACAGACGACAUGUUGCUCAGGAAGUUUGGCGUUGGGGCCCAGGGUCAGGGGUCACCUCUAGCCAAAUCAGCCAAUCAGAUGACUCCGUCAGUGCCCACUUCCUGUAGCGAGGGGGACCUGCAAAAGAUGCAAGAAAUCCGAGAGGCGAGCAGGCUGAGGUUUAGGAAGAGGCUACUUGUGGAGAGGUUAGCCUUCCUUAACUCCUAGAGACCAGGGUACAACUGGCAGCCUGGCUUGCUAGCUACCUUAUCAUCUAAACUCUACCUUGUGUUAGUUGUGUUGUUUUUCUUUUCCCUCUCCGUUCUGACUGCCUUCUUUUUAGCCUGAAAGCACACCAGUGUCUUUCGGUUCGCAGAGCCAAAGCGUCAGAAGAGUGUUGAAGUGACCUACCUGUAUGCUGCAUGUUGAUGUGCCACGGGAAGAUGCUAUCUAUAGUCUCACUCGAGGGAGUCUCGCUUUACAACGAAGCACUCUCCUCAGAACAAACCAGGUGCCUUUCUUCCUAAAUGGACAAGUCGACCCUACAUCCCAGUCGAGGACAUGUAGCUGUCACCAGACGUUGUUAUGGGUUUAUCGGAAUUGCUGCUUGUUUGAAAUAUCUAUUGUUACCUCAGAUUUGGGCCAUUUGAGGCAGAUUGUUUGCAAAUUAGGUAAAGUGGGAACAUUUUGCCUUCACACAGUAUUAACCAACUGCCAACAUUUUGGUAGCAUUACUCUGAAACCCUAAACUAUACAAGACCCCAGAUAGAAACAAUUCUGCUUGGUGGUCAUAUUAUUGUCUUCCUGCUGCUAUUUCUAUUGAAGUGUUAUUUAUUAAUAAACUGCAUGAACACUGUUGUUGAUAGCAAUUACCAAAAUGCCUUUCGCAUUAAUAACCAGGUAUUUCAAUAUAGGAUUCAUCUGCAUUUGUUUAGUUUUUUGUUUUAUUUUUAAAAGUUUUCUGCUUGUACAACAUCCGUCGCAUUAAUAAAGACUUCCCCAGACUGAU